AUGAAGCACUUCCUGGACGUCGUCCAUAAUGUCCCCGCUACCUCCAUCGACAUGGACCAGCUAAAACAGAUCAUUAAAGACAAAGCUUGGGCAGAACUACCAGACGUACUUCAGCUCAAAAAACGACCAGGAUUCAGCUACAAGUCUCAGUACUUCAUCAUUCCCCAACAGAAUGGCAACCUGACUGUCGUCAAGCACUACUAUCUCCCCGAUACAAAGGUCCAGCCCCACAAGCUCAUGGACUUGGCAAAGGGCAAGUGUCAUGAGGUCAAAUGGGGCAACGGCCACAAGAUGCUUGAGCGGAAAGCCUUCCAGUGGAUGCUGGAGCAGUAUGGGGGGUGGAUUCAUCGGCACAUCAACAAGGACGGGUCCCCCAUCAAAGGCUGGUCGGAAAAGCUGGUCCAAAGGGCUUUGGAUUCACUCGCCCAUGACGGCUGUCUAGCUUCCCUGACCGACCGGUAUGACCUGACCAUGCAGGAUUUCGAGCCCCUUUUCAUGGACAACGUUAUGCAGCCCAUCAUCCCGUACCUCUUGGACCAUAGUCUAUGGCUUCUCGGCGAGCCUGGUAAAGGCAAAACUCCUCUCGCACGCAGUUUAGCCAUGAUGUUUAGCCGGCAUCACGGAGGACACUCUGGCAAUGCUUGCUUUCGUACUGCUUCAGAUUUCGAAUUUUUCAGAGGCAUGUACUUCAGCAAAGCCAUUCCUGCCCUCUACGAUGACGGCGACAUCUCUCGGGAAGCCGUCAAAAAAAUGAAGGCAUUCGCAGACGUCGGCGACCAUGAAACGAUUCUAAAAGAGCGAUGGAAUGCUGCGAAAUUCGUGAAACAUCAGUUGCGCAUCUUUUUGGACAACUCAUACGACCCCAAGGAUAUCCCAGAUGGCGAACAUGAGAGUAUCUCCCACGAAACAUUCGUCAAGCUACUUCGUCCCGCACUUGGAUGCAUUCCUAAUGCCGACAUUCGCGCCAUCUUCAAGCGCAGUGCCUUCGUGAUUUUCACAAAGGUGUACUGGCGACUUCCAUCUCAGCAACCUCAAAAUGUUCCGCGCUAUCCGUAUGCACUGAAAGACAUUCUCUUGGAUGAAGCCAAGCCUCGAUUUGCGAACUACAAGCAGGAGGCCAAUGAGGGCUUGGCUGCGAUGUGCAAUGGCGAGGCGCUAUCCGCAGACAGUCCUCCUCCUCGUGCUCUUGUUGCUCCUGCGACCCCUUCGCAUGCCCGCAUCAAGAAAGAAAAGUUCGAUCAAAGCUAUGCGCGGUUCAUGUUGGACAUGGCUGAUGCACCUACCACAUCUACUUCAUUGCCCCCAAAUCCCGACUUUGAUGUCCACGGUGAGCCCAUGGAUGUGGACGAACUUUCGGAGGAAGAUGUCUUCGGAUUCGGUGGUUCCCUCGGUGAGACAGGUAAGUUUCGCUCCGUGCAAAAGCGCCCAGCUUCCAAGAAGAACAAAGCUUGGAUAACAACCAAUUACAUCCGGGAAAAGCUUGCAGUCGAUUCCCGUGGGCAGCGAAAGUAUCAGAUCAAGUGGAAACGAACUCUCACUGAGCUACUUCUUGCCUCCAACAAGAAGAUAAUCCAGAUUCUAGUCACGGACAAGAUCCUCGUGAACUGGACAGGGAAGUGCUGCCCUCGUGCGAGGCAGGCACUUUAUCGGAUCUGA